AUGGCCUCUCCGGCAACCCCACCGACUAUCGACGUGCCUGCCUCCAGCCGUACCGUUCAGGUGUCAAUUAUCGACUCAGGAAACAUUAACGGCUUACCCGUUAGCCUUUUCAUGGGCCCGGAUAUACCAGGCUUCGAAACAAUCAAUGCAGUUAUUUUCACCUUCUUGAUUGAGCACACAGACGAUGCUGGAAAGGUGUCGAGAGUGCUUUUCGACCUCGGCAUGCCCAAGGAUGUACAGCAUGACCUUGCACCUUCGCAAUGGGACCUGGUAACGACGUUCAACUGCACCUAUGAUAUCACAAAAUAUGUCUCGGAAAUUCUUUCCGACGCGGGCGUCGACUUGAAUACGAUCAACGCGAUGGUGUGGAGCCACCCACACUUGGACCAUGUUGGGCGUCCAUCCUUAUUCCCUCCAACCACCGAGUUGAUUAUCGGACCAGGAGUUUUGGCCAGUGAAAAGGGUGGAUAUCCUGGUAAUCCGGAAUCUAUCAUAUUAGAGCGUGAAUUCUUGGGACGCAAGGUUACCGAGCUAGACUUCACGUCCAGGCCCUUCAAAAUCGGGGAUAUGGAUGCACUCGACUACUUUGGCGACGGUAGUUUCUAUUUCCUGUCGGCACCAGGCCAUGCACCAGGCCACAUUAACGCACUCUUACGGACUACAAGCCAGCCAGACACUUUUAUUUACUUGGGAGCAGAUUCUUUCCACCACGCCGGUGAGUUGCGUCCGCACAAGUACCACCCCUUGCCCGAGAAGGUCAAACUUGCCUCCUUCAGCCCUUUCCCAUGUCUUGGAGAAUUGUUUCACAAGAUCCAUCCGUCUUCGCAAGUGGAUCCGGGAUAUGCCAAAGCGCAUGACGAUCCUAAAGCGACUCCUUUUUAUUCGAUAUCUGAGAAAGAGGAUGGGAGUUCCCUAGCCCUUGACAAGCAUGCUGCGAGAGAGACCAUCACGAAAAUUCAGUCGUUCGACGCGGAUGAGAACAUUUUUGUUGUUGGAGCACACGAUACCACCCUGAUCGACUAUGUGGAUAUAUUCCCCAAAAAGGCCAAUGAAUGGAAAGCGAAAGGAUGGAAGGAGCACAGUCGAUGGCAAUUUCUCCGGGACUUUGAGAACCCUCUCAGUCUAGCACAUUCAUGA